AUGUCAGGAAUUCAUUUACCAGACAUUGGAAAAUUAGGUAUUCACAUAGCAACUGGAAUGAAAGACAAGAAAAAGGUUACGCCGAGCAACAUGGCCGAGGAUGCUAAAUUUCGAGCACUGUCAACGAGACUCGAUAGUGAAAAACACGAAAGAAGCAGAGCUCUGAAGAAAGAAGAGCGUCGAAUGAAACGAAGAAAACAUAAAAUUGACAAACGCUGGUGCGAUAUUCAGAAGGGCAAAAAGGAGGAGUUACAUGCCGCUAAUUGCGAUGAUAGUGUCAAGGGUACAUUUCCACCCCUGAUCUCUUAUACAAGACCGUCGGGGGAACCUAAUGACGAGUUAAGCAGGGAAACAAAAGAUGUUGAUCAAUAUUCUUGCAGCAGCUACUCACCAACUUCUGCUAUUUUUCCAAUUCAGGAUGAAUUUCUAUUUUUUGAAGGUAAUAGAGAGGGCCGCGAUGGCGGCGAAAAACAUAAAUUUACUCUACCACCGAUUGGAAAAGAUGUUGUAGAGAGUAAGACAAAAGAACGAAAAUCCACCCCCUUUAAGAAAAAGGCCAAAAAGAACAACAUUAUUAGAAGCAAUAAAAAGAUUAUGGAACGCGACUUCGAGGAAUCCAGUCAUCCAAGGAAUUCUAAAAAACGACGCCAGAGUUCACCGCUAGUACUAGCUCAGAAUUUGACUUCGAAUAACCAUAAGGAAGACUUUGUUUCCAGUAAGGAGACCAGUAAAGUUGAGAUGAGAUUACCCUCCCCAACUAUGAUUGACGGAAAGGAGACAGCACAACUUACUGAAGGAGACGAACCAGUUUUACAAAUAGAAAGUGGCGCAGAGCUAGGUCUUGAUGAAGCUAAUUCCACCGCAAAUCCAUUUAACUAUUUGCUCGUUGAAGCGCAAAGAAGGAAGGCUAUAAAUCAAAAUCUACAGGAUGCCUUUCGCGCUAUUAAAGCUUGUCGUUAUAUAAGAACACCCAGCCGUUUAGAACAAGAGAAUCCCGAAGAAUCGACGAAAUAA